UCUAAGAUAGUAAGGGUACUAAUAUUGAUAAAAGAACAAGACGAUAGAGAUUGUUUUUUGUUUCAUUUGUUCCUCCUCCUCCGGUCCUCCACACACCUUGUGUGAGUGUGCUAGUGUUUGUUCACCUGCUAAUCUAGUCCUCCACUGCUACUGGUAACAACAGGUACGAGCCCUGUUGGUCGUAGCUUUAAUGGAUCAUGGGUUUUUGGCUGACAUUGAUGACGAAUAUGAAAAGUUGGUGAUUCAGUUGAACCCUCCGAGGGUCACUGUCGACAACACUUCCAGCAGGAAAGCCACCUUGGUGCAGGUCAGCUGCUUGGUGGACAGUGCUAACAGGCAAGGGAGCUUGCUGGAGGUGGUGCAGGUAUUGACUGACCUCAACCUCACCAUCACCAGGGCAUACAUCUCCUCUGACGGAGAGUGGUUUAUGGAUGUGUUCCAUGUUGUAGACCUGUGCGGGAACAAAAUCUACGAUGGUGAAGUCAUCGACCGCAUUCAACAGUCACUAGCGGCAAGAGCAUCAAGCUCACAGUCUGUGGGCAUACAAGCCUCUUCGGAACACACUUCCAUCGAAUUGAUCGGCAGAGAUCGACCAGGGCUGCUUUCUGAGGUCUUUGCAGUUCUCUCAGACCUCAAAUGCAACAUCGUCGCAGCUGAAGUAUGGACGCACAAUUCUCGGAUGGCAUCAGUUGUUUACAUCACAGAUGAAGAGAGUGGAGGAGCCAUUGAUAACAGUGAUAGGCUUGGGAAUAUCAAGCGCCUCCUGCGCUAUAUUCUUGUAGGAGAUAGAGAUAAGAGGAGCGCAAAGACUGCCAUUUCUGUAGGUGUAACUCACACUCAGAGGAGAUUGCAUCAGAUGUUGUAUGCCGAUAGGGACUACGACCGAGACGACACUGAGCUCGAACAUGUUUCGGUGGACCGGAGCAAGCUAGUCGUGAGCGUGGAGAAUUGCACUGAGAAAGGCUACUCCAUGGUGAAUGUGAGGUGUGAUGAUCGGCCCAAGUUACUCUUUGACACUGUUUGCACUCUCACAGAUAUGCAGUAUGUGGUGUUUCAUGCCACUGUGAUUGCUGAAGGGCCAGAAGCAUAUCAGGAAUACUACAUUAGACAUGUCGAUGGUAGCCCCAUUAGCUCAGAAGGGGAAAGGCAAAGGUUAGUGCUAUGCUUGGAGGCUGCAAUCAGAAGAAGGAAUAGAGAGGGUGUGAGACUUGAACUUUGCUGUGAAGAUAGAGUUGGCUUGCUUUCUGAUGUUACUCGCAUAUUUAGAGAAAAUGGGCUUUCGGUCACACGAGCCGAGGUCACUACUCGGGGAUCUCAGGCUGUCAAUGUGUUCUAUGUCACAGAUUCAUCAGGAAAUCCAGUUAACAGUCGAACGAUCGAGGCAGUGCGAAACGAAAUUGGGCAGGCAAUCCUGCAGGUCAAGGAUGAGAUGCAUACAAAAGCUUCAGCAGAUGACAGUGGAAAAUUCUCAUUUGGCAGUCUGUUCAGGUCCAGAUCAGAGAAGUUGCUACAUAACUUGGGGCUGAUCAGAUCGAGCUCCGGAGAUCGGCUUUCUCCUCACUAAUCUCAGUCUUCAUCUUAAUUAUGUGCUGAGCCAUCUGUGGAAGAAUUUUAUGCACUUGCAAGUGUUGGCCACUGUAAAUGAAGUUGAGACCAUUAGAAAGUCUGUUAACAAAUGAGACAUUUAAAAA